AAGUGGAACCCAAUGGGUCCAUUUUAGCAGUUCAGUGGUUCCGCUAUAUAUCUUUAAAAUUCUUUAAAUAAAAAUAUUUAACAAUUCAUGUACAUUACAUUGUUUAAGAUCUUGCGCAGUGACAGGGGGCGUCGCCGUACAUCGAAAAAUCGGUUUUAUUUAUAAAUUUAGUAACAGUGUCGUAGAAGCGAAAAAUCAGUAAAUUUCGUCAUACCCAAAGAAACAACAAAUUCGCUUAAUACUGUGACAACCGCUGUCUGACGUAUAGGAGCUAGUGGAACGUAAAUAGCACACUGAACGCAUUUCGGGAAGAAAAAACGUAAGCACCCAUAAAAGCCGAGGAGAACGAAAAAUAACUAAUUUUUGUAUCAUAUACAAUUGAUAAGGAUUUAUAUAUCGAACUGACAAGUUUGAUGUUCAGUAAUUAAAAAUUUCCUGUGGACAGAAGACAACGUAAGACCCCACACCGCCAGAAAGCACGGAAGCCGCUUCAGAGGCUGACGCCAGUACGCCUGUCACUGAACCAGCGGAAGUUUCCAAUCAAACCAGAAUGGCCGAAGCUGUCGUUGAUGAGCGUCCGCCGCUCCCUACACGUUUCUAUUGCCAUAUGUGCAGCAUGGAAGUAAACAUUCCAAACACCGAUUUCACCUGCCCACACUGUUCUGGUGGAUUUGUUGAAGAGUUGCCAGCUGUACCGAGUACAACGAGCGCCAGCAGCAGUACUUCUAGUCUGGCUGAUGGCCCCAGCAAUGCUGGUAGCGAUGCACUUGGUCUAAAUCGUCUAGUUGAUUUGGAUGUCAUUCGGGGCGAAAUUGAAACACUGUUAAUGUCACGGAACGGACCUAUAGAAAUUGCCAUCGGCCCGGCGAAUAGGCGCAAUAGCAUGCUUUUGGGCGGCGGAGCUGGAGGCACAAAUGCAGGCAGCAACAGCAGUGGAAACGGGAGCUCUGGCGGUGGUCGCGUACACCCACCCAAUUUGGGAAGUUUGGAUACUGUUCUCCUUGAUUUUUUGCAAUCCCUUUCAGGGGGUGAUGACGGGUAUUUUGGCAAUGCNCCAAUGUUUUUCAUGGGCAAUCCCGGCGAUUAUGCGUGGGGUCGCGAAGGUAUCGACACAAUUGUAACGCAAUUGCUUAAUCAAAUGGAGACAUCUGGACCGCCACCAUUACCCAAAGAUAAAAUCGAUGAAAUACCAAAAGUACAUGUAACCUCCGAGGACGUAGAACGUAAAACUCAGUGCUCAGUAUGUUGGGAGGAUUUUCGUAUGGACGAAAUAGUACGAAGGCUCCCAUGUACACACAUUUACCAUGAGAAUUGCAUUGUUCCAUGGUUAGACUUGCACGGAACGUGUCCAAUCUGCCGUAAAUCUCUAAGUGAAGAAGACGAGGCGAACGAAUGCGACAUGACCCGUAGUGGUGUCAUGGACAGCAGUAUGACCGAGAUAUCACAAUCCGAUGAUACGACAAUGGAAAGAGCUGGUCCAAAUGAAAACACCCAGAGUACCAGCAAUAGUGCUACCCAAUCAGUACCAGCAGGUAGUGGCUCUAGUCAAACUGAAAAUCAGCAGCAGCAGCAACAAAACAAUGUGUUCGGAUUUGACGAUAGCGCUGUUGAUUUGGAUUAAACAGUUUUCUAGCAACCCAGCCUAUAAAAUUUAAAUAAUAUGUUACUUUAUAUAUGAAAACAAUACUUCUAUUCUUUGUGACGAUAUCACUACAAAGAAAAGUAACAGCAAGAAGCGUGGCUAAUAUUGCUAUUAAAAACCUUUGCAUACAUACAUACAUAUUAAGAACAUACAUACCUACAUUCAAUGAGAAAUCGUACAUACUAUCAUAACUAUAAAUACCAAUACCACAUUCUAAAUCAAUCUUGAAACAGAACGGGCAUAAGGUAAUUUUUUGAAAGUUAAUAUCAUGGGUUGUUUUGAAAAAAAUGUUAAGAAAUAAACUAAACUGUAGAGAGGUCAAGGCGACACGAUUAUAACAAUUUAAUAAAACCAAAACUUGCUUUCUGGAGUCCUUAAAAUCACCGCGAUAAACCUUAAAUUAUGUAAAAAUUAAAGAUACACGAAAAAUGUUUCAUUUAAAAUAAAAUUAUUUAGUUUUCAAUUUUUAACUAUUUGACCCAGAUGUUAUAUAUAGCUUUCAUUUCGUAAUUAAAUGGAUAUGAACUGAAUGCAAUUUAAGAUUUAAUAAACACAAAAGUUUAAAUAAAUUAAGCUACUAAAAAGUAAAAAAAAAGUAUAUACUUAAAACCGAUACCAGUAGGUUAAGCGAUGACGUUGGUAUUGUUGGUAUAGAUAAACUUUGAUCAGAUUGCUAUAUGCAUACAUAUAUUAUAUGCAAAUACAUUUAUUGAUAUUGUAUAAAAUAGGGUUUUAAUUGCUUCGAGAGAGAAAUUAUUGAAAUAUAAUGGAUAAUUGCAAAGAAUACAUUAAACAACAUGUUAAGGAAUGGUGAAAAACUCAAGUAUGUACUAAUAAACUGAUAACCCGUUAAUUUGCUAUUUUUAUAGCUUGCAUGACAGCUCAUAGAAAAUGAAAAUUUUAAAUUGGAUUUUUCUGGCUAAAAUAAAACGGACGAGUUAAAUAAGUAACUACCAUUACUCAUUUAUUUAUAUUUUAAAUUAAAUUGUAUGCAUACACGUAUCGUGCAAAUUAAAAUGUUUAGCAAAGUUAAGCUAUUAUGUUCUUAACUAAUAACAUAGAUAUAUUUAACAGUACCAGCGAAAUUAACGAAGACGGUUUUUGUUGUUGGUUUUUCAAUUUAAAUACAUAUUAAAAACAAAUGUGCGAUACUAAAAACAAAAUAUGUACACAGAAAAUAAAUAUAAUAAAAUAUU